UUUCCAGCUGUGUCCGAUCGAGAUUUGUGAUGGAGAGCACGAUGAAGGAUCUGAGCGGCGAAUCAGUUCUCGAUUUAAUCGAUAAAUGUGGAAUUGGUGGUGGUGUUCGAGAUGUCUAUGGUGAAGACAGAGCCACCGAGGAUCAGCCAAUCACGCCAUGGGCGAUUUCUGUUGCUAGUGGGUAUAGUAUGUUGCGUGAUCCACGCCACAAUAAAGGACUGGCAUUUUCGGAGAAAGAGAGAGAUGCACAUUAUUUGAAGGGCCUUCUACCUCCAGCUAUCAUCUCUCAAGAGCUGCAGGAGAAGAGAUUGUUGCAAAUUCUGCGCCAGUAUACUGUGCCGUUGCAUAAGUACAUGGCGAUGAUGGAUCUCCAGGAGAGAAAUGAAAGGCUCUUUUACAAGCUUCUGAUAGACAAUGUCGAGGAGUUGCUUCCCGUAGUCUACACACCUGUCGUAGGUGAGGCUUGCCAGAAGUACGGCAGCAUUUUCAGGCGUCCUCAGGGACUCUAUAUCAGCUUGAAAGAGAAGGGAAGGAUACUUGAAGUAUUGAGAAACUGGCCUGAAAAGGCUAUUCAAGUGAUUGUGGUCACAGAUGGUGAGCGCAUUUUAGGCCUUGGAGACCUUGGCUGUCAGGGCAUGGGGAUUCCUGUGGGGAAACUCUCUCUCUAUACAGCUCUAGGAGGCGUUCGCCCUUCAGCUUGCCUGCCUAUUACAAUCGACGUUGGGACGAAUAAUAAGAAGUUGUUGGACGACGAGUUCUACAUUGGCCUUAAGCAGAACAGAGCUACUGGGCAGGAGUAUGCUGAGCUUCUAGAAGAGUUCAUGACGGCCGUCAAACAAAACUAUGGUGAGAAGAUCCUAAUACAGUUUGAAGACUUUGCAAAUCAUAACGCGUUCGAUCUUCUUGCCAAGUACCGCACGACCCAUCUUGUGUUUAAUGAUGAUAUCCAGGGCACUGCUGCUGUGGUACUUGCUGGCGUAGUUUCAGCCUCAAAACUAAUGGGAAGAGACUUAGCAGAUCAUACAUUCUUAUUCCUUGGAGCAGGAGAGGCUGGAACCGGUAUAGCUGAACUUAUCGCGCUUGAGAUGUCCAAAAGGGCGAAGACUCCAGUCGAGGAGACAAGGAAGAAAAUUUGGCUUGUGGACUCUAAGGGGUUGAUUGUUAGCUCUCGCAAAGAGUCUCUUCAGCAUUUCAAACUGCCUUGGGCUCACGAGCAUGAACCAGUUCGAGAAUUAUUAGAUGCAGUUAAGGAGCUAAAGCCAUCAGUACUAAUCGGGACUUCUGGUGUUGGAAGAACCUUCACAAAAGAAGUCGUAGAGGCUAUGGCAGCCAACAAUGAGAAACCUCUUAUUCUUGCUUUGUCAAAUCCAACCUCACAAUCCGAAUGUACUGCUGAAGAAGCCUACACAUGGAGUGAGGGGCGCGCAAUAUUUGCUAGUGGAAGCCCGUUCCCCCCGGUUGAGUACAACGGGAAAACAUACGUUUCAGGCCAGUCAAACAAUGCAUACAUAUUCCCCGGAUUCGGUUUAGGACUGAUAAUGUCUGGUACAAUUCGUGUGCAUGACGAUCUGCUUUUGGCAGCAUCGGAAGCAUUGGCAGCUCAGGCAACGGAGGAGAACUACGCGAAAGGACUGAUAUAUCCUCCAUUUACAGGCAUUAGAAAAAUCUCAGCUCAAAUUGCAGCCACUGUGGCUGCCAAGGCGUAUGAUCUCGGCCUCGCUACUCGUCUCCCCAGACCCAAGGACCUCAUGGAGUUUGCACAGAGCUGCAUGUACACUCCAACGUACCGCAACUACCGUUGAGUGUAAUCGAUGAUGGUAACAGAAGAACAAGGAUAAUACUUUGUGCAGAGAAUACUUGUUGAGUAGUGAAUAAAGAGAACAAAGAUCAUACUAUUUGUACUAGUGUAGGAAAGAAUUCAUUGGAUGAACCUAUCAGAGACGGAUCCAAAACUCAAAAUGGAGGAGGAAUGUACGAUAAAAUUGCCGUUCAAUCAAUCAUCUCCCACCUAUUUUCUUGGUUUGCCUUGACAAAUUUUAUAGCAGAAAACAUUCUUUUAAUAGAUGUAGUUGCGACAAGUAAGACCAAU